AUGGCCGACGUGCAUCGCAUCGGCUUUACGCAUCUCCUCGGCGGCCAGGGCGCUGGGAGGGGGCCGUACCGAGUCAACAUCGUCUUUAUCCACGGCUUGCGAGGCCAUCCGAAGCACACAUGGGAGGAAGAUCCAGCGAAUAGUGGAGAAACGACUGUUGCAACGUCGAGGAAACGAAGGUUCAAUUCCCUGUUCCGAGCCAAAACGUCAAAGUCAACCGCCGACUCCAAAACCGGCGAACGAGACUCUGUUUCCAGUAGGCUAUUCUGGCCUGACGAGCUCCUCGCGCAUGAUAUACCCGAGGCGAGAGUGUGGACGUACGGAUAUGUCGCGGACGUGAUUGGAGGCCUGUUCGAGGCGAACAACAAGAACAGCGUGUCGCAGCACGGUAGAGACCUUGCUGUGCGGGUCGAGCGGGAGAUCGACAAUACGGACCCGAUUUAUUUUGUGGCACACAGCCUCGGUGGUAUAAUCGUCAAGGAUGCGAUGCACAAGUCGGAGACGUGUCGGUCGCGCACGAAGCUGAUCGUCUUCCUCGGUACCCCACACCGGGGUAGCUCAUACGCGGGAUGGGGUGAGAUUGCGGCGAACCUCGCGCGGUUGGCCUUACAAGACUCAAACAAGAGGAUUCUUGAGACGCUUGAGGUGAACAGCGAGGUACUAGACAACAUUCACGAAGAGUUCAAGACUAUAGUGCAUAACUCGGAAAUCAAAAUUCACUCUUUUCAAGAGUCGCAGGGAAUGUCAGGCAUGAAGGGAUUAGACAACAAGGUCGUUGACGACUUCUCUUCGAAGCUCGAUCUACCACGUCAACUCGAAACAGUAGAGACUAUCAACGCGAACCACAGGCAGAUGGCCAAAUGCGGUGACAGAUCGGACCCGCUGUAUCGGGCCAUCUUGGGCGUUCUCAAGCAGGAAACCUCGUCACAUUUGCUUGACGACUUUCCCAGCCAUUUGAGACUACGUGAGCGGCGGAGAAUACCGUAUCUAACGUGGCUGAAUUGGUACAAGGCAAUCCCGCUCGUCGGAAGGACCUGGGGAGGAGAAACUCAAGUCGGCCUCGCUAGGAUUGGGAUGUACUCCGAAUCCUGGAUGAACCUGCUUAUGAUUUUCGGCGCUGCGAGUAUUCUGACGUCGGAUUUCAUCCACCAGGUGCCCGUUGACGAAGACGACAUCCCGCAAGAUAUUGCGAAUCCUUUUGCCAUCGAACUUAGUUUACUAGCGAAUCUCGUGGGAAUCGUUGGUUGCGAUAUGUUGGAAUUUGUCAGCGGCAUGCCCGUCUUCACCGGUAGCGGUGCUAGACUGGAGUUCCAACUCGGCGGAUCCAACACAUGGAUCGGACGCUUCACGCAAGAUCCUGGCCUUCCAACACGCAUGGGCUACGCUCCAAGAACCGUGGCAAGAGCGUCUCAGCACGCCAGCGGCUGCAUCGCGUACGGAUUUAGUGACACAAUACCGCUUCUCGAGUCGCUAGCAAGGGAACUUCAUCCCCAAAGAUUAUUACAGGAUCUCCAGCUCAAAGCCGUCGGCGAAAUUCCGUUCACACUGAACCAGUACGAGGGCCUCCACCCUGGCGAGCAACGGGUUAUACGUGCUAUGUUGGUAUUCAGAGCCGUCUUGAUUGCCGUCCGUUUCGUAUUGGGUCUGGAUAACAGCGAUUUUGAAAAGACUGAACUUGGCAGUAAGAUGGUUUUCCUUCGAUAA